AUGUACUACGAACUAUUUGCUAUAGCCCGUAUCACGGAUCCGUUGCAUGUUACAAAGGAAGCCACCAAGAUUGCCUCGACAGUUGGUAAGUUGAUCUUGAACAACAGAGGCGUCAUCAGGGACAUAACGAGCUUAGGCGCAAGACCACUACCCAAGAUAGUCUCCAGAGAACAAGAACGGCACUUUCAAGGAUACAACUUCAUCAUCGGGUUUGAUUCCUCGAGUAAUGUGCAAGCGCAAUUGUUGAGAACAUUGCGAAAAGACCCGAGAAUCCUAAGGGCCAGUAUGAAGAAACACGACUUGACCAAGAGUUUGAAUCCGGGGACAUCUUUGGAACAGGCCCUUAGGUGA